AUGACGCAGGCGAUGACCCCCGAUAAUCCUCGUAACCUCCGACUGGCGGAGGUCCAUGGUCCGGACAGUUUUUGCAACUUUUUGGUCCGGACACGGCUCAAUCCUCCACAUUUUGGCCAGUUUGGUGCGGACGAAGACGAGUCCUCCAACCUUCUGUGGCUUCGUGCCUUCGGCGCUGAUUUUCUGCAUGUUUUCGGGUCAUUUAGUUUGCAGGACCCCCUGCCUUCUGCAGAAUAUUUUGUGGCAUGCUUCGCGUGCGCGCACCUCUUCAGCCUCACGAGCUCGCGAGCCCCCCUCGUCGGUGGUCCGGGCAGGAUCAAGCCGUGGCCGUGGUUAGCCUGA